AUGGAGGUGAUGUCAGUAUAUCGCUUACAGGUGCCUCCGGCAGGCGCAGAGUGUGAGCUGGCCCUGGAGCAGCGGGAUGCCCUGGAGGUGCAGGUGAAGAAGCUGCAGGAGGAGCUGGAGCGGCUGCACUCGGGCCCUGACCCACAGGCUCUGCCCACCUUCCCCGGCCUGGAAGCCCUCUCACUCUCCACCCUCCACUCUCUCCAGAAGCAGCUGCGGGCGCUCCUGGAGCAAGUGGACAAGGCUGUAUUCCACAUGCAGCUGGUGAAAUGCCUUAAGUGUCAUGAGCAAAACCCAGCAGUGCUUCUGUGCCAACAGGCCGUGCUGUGUAAGCUCUGUGCUGAGGGCAGUGAGUGCCCCAUCUGCCAGCUGGGCCGGGCCCAUUUCCUCCAGUCACGAAGGUUAGGAAGGGCGGCGGUGAGGAGAUACCCCUCGUCCAAGCAAAGGAGCAGCGGCUACGCUUUGCUGGAGCAGCCAUGA